AUGGCCAUUCCCAACGACAGCGCAAAGCGCCAGAACCGCACCAACCGCAUCCUGCAAGCAGCCGAAGCGGGCGGGUACGGCGUCCUCGCCGCCAUCGCCUACAACGUGGAGCAGCUCACCGGCCUCGUCCAGGCCGCCGAGCAGGCGCGCUCGCCGCUCAUCCUGCAGUUCUUCCCAUGGGCCGUGACAUACGCCGACGGGCUGCUGGUGCGCAGUGCAGCGCUGGCGCGCGAUGCGGCGAGCGUGCCCAUUGCCGUGCACCUCGACCACGCGCAGGACCCCGCCAUUGUGAAGCGCGCGGCCGACACGCUGCCCUUUGACAGCAUCAUGGUGGACAUGUCGCACUACGACAAGGAGGAGAACCUGCAGAGGACGGCCGCGCUCGUGCGCUACUGCAGGGAGCGUGGCAUCGCGACAGAGGCGGAGCCCGGCCGCAUCGAGGGCGCAGAGGACGGCGUCGUGGACACGGCUGGCCUCGAGGCGUGUCUGACCACACCUGACGAGGUGGAGGAAUUUAUCAGCACCGGCGUCGAUACACUCGCGCCGGCGUUUAGAAAUAUUCACGGCGAGUAUGGGCCCGAGGGACCGCAGCUUGACUUUGAGCGACUCGCCUCGAUACGAGGCCAGAUUGCGGGUAGGGUUCGCAUAGCGUUGCACGGCACCAACGGAUUCCCCGCGCACAUUCUGCAGAAAUGCAUCGCGCUCGGCGUGUCCAAGGUCAACGUCAACCGCCUCGUUCUGGACGACUACUACGACUUUGUGCAGGGCGAGUCGGCGCGGACGCUGCCGCAUACCAGGAUGAUGGAAGAGAGCACCGACAAGGUCGUCCAGUUGACGGUCAAGUGGAUGGAGAUUUGCGGCUCGGCUGGCAGAGCCUGA